GGUUAGCCAGAGCACCGACUCGAUGGCAUUACCUUCGUCACGUAUAGGGAAAGUGAGAGCGCCUGGUUACAGACAGCCAGCUACGAGGCGCUAAGUGCUAUGUGCACGCCCACGCCCCUCUUUUAACUGACAAAAACGUCCACAACGCUCGAAUCAAGCCAAUCGAGGCAUACAGUAUCACACAGAACAAUUUCUCAUUCCCAAUCGAGCUCUGUGCAAUUUGUAGGGUUCCGAAGCUGAUCCCAUCUCUGUACAUGCUUACGCAUAUUAGCGGACAGGGGGAUAUUCUAAUCGAUCUCAGCAGGGGAGCGUAAGCGAUGGCGGAAGAGGACUCGGAGAGGGAAAAUGGGCACACGGGGUCGAUGGAUUCGUUAGAAUCACGGUGGGUGUUUCAGGACGAGGAUGAUUCGGAGAUCGAGAAUGACGAGGAGGACGAGAACUUCGAGGAGGAUUUGCCACCGCAGAUGGGCUUGGAUUCUGACGAGGACGAGGAUAACGCUGAGCAGAGACUCAUUCGGACGGGGCCUCGGAUUGAUUCCUUCGAUGUCGAGGCGCUCGAGGUCCCUGGCGCACACAAGAGCGAAUAUGAGGAUGUUAGCCUGGGAAGGACAAUCUUUCUGGCUUGUCAGACACUGGGGAUUGUUUUUGGUGAUGUUGGAACAAGUCCACUAUACACUUUUGGGGUGAUGUUUAGCAAAGCCCCUAUCAAUGGAAAUGAAGAUGUUCUAGGAGCAUUGUCACUGGUUUUAUAUACCUUAAUUUUGAUUCCACUUGUCAAGUAUGUCCUUAUUGUUCUAUGGGCCAAUGAUGAUGGUGAAGGUGGUACAUUUGCUUUGUACUCAUUGAUUUGUAGGCAUGCCAAAGUGAGUCUUCUACCAAAUCAACUACCAUCUGAUGCACGUAUUUCAAGCUUCAGACUAAAGGUGCCAUCUCCAGAGCUUGAGCGGUCAUUGAAAAUUAAGGAGCGGCUUGAAAGUUCUCUGACACUGAAAAAGUUGCUGCUGAUGUUAGUACUUGCUGGUACUUCUAUGGUGAUAGCUGAUGGUGUUGUUACACCAGCAUUGUCAGUUAUGUCUGCUGUUGGUGGUUUAAAAGUUGGAGUACCUGGAGUUACACAAGGUCAGGUGGUGAUGGUUUCCGUUGCAUUUCUCAUAAUCUUGUUCAGCGUACAGAAGUAUGGGACAAGUAAGGUUGGGCUUGCAGUUGGCCCUGCUUUAUUCAUAUGGUUCUGUUCUCUUGGGGGCAUUGGAAUCUACAAUCUUGUCAAGUAUGACAGCAGAGUCUUAAAGGCAUUUAAUCCUGUUCAUAUCUAUUACUUUUUCAAGAGGAACUCAACCAAGGCUUGGUAUGCCCUUGGGGGCUGUCUUCUGUGUGCUACAGGAUCUGAGGCAAUGUUUGCAGAUCUAUGCUACUUCUCUGUGAGAUCGGUUCAGCUUACCUUUGUGUUUCUUGUACUCCCUUGCCUUCUUUUGGGCUACCUGGGUCAAGCUGCGUACAUUAUGGAUAAGCGUGGUGAUGCUCCACAACUUUUCUUUUCUUCUGUUCCAAGCGGUGCUUUCUGGCCAGUCUUCCUCAUUUCCAAUAUUGCUGCCUUAAUUGCCAGUCGGGCAAUGACAACAGCAACAUUUUCGUGUGUCAAACAAGCAACAGCUCUUGGUUGCUUUCCACGCCUCAAAAUCAUUCAUACAUCUCGGAAAUUCAUGGGUCAGAUUUAUAUACCUGUCAUAAACUGGUUUCUGCUGGUAUUUGCCAUAGUGUUUGUCUCCUAUAUCUCAGGCAUUGAUGAAAUGGGAAAUGCAUAUGGAAUUGCUGAGGUUGGAGUGAUGACAACAACUACGGUCUUAGUAACUCUUGUUAUGCUUCUUAUAUGGCAGAUAAACAUCAUUAUCGUGCUGAUUUUUGUUGUUUUUUUCUUGGGGAUGGAAUUGACAUUCUUCUCAUCUGUCGUUUGGAGUGUGACCGAUGGAAGUUGGAUCAUAUUGGUUUUCGCCAUAGUUAUGUUUCUUAUAAUGUACAUCUGGAAUUAUGGCAGCAACCUUAGGUAUGAGACUGAAGUCAAGCAAAAGUUGUCGAUGGAUCUGAUACGGGAACUUGGCUGUAAUCUUGGAACAAUUAGAGCACCUGGCAUUGGCUUGCUUUACAAUGAGCUGGUGAAGGGUGUACCAGCAAUAUUUGGACAUUUCCUGACCACCCUUCCAGCCAUCCACUCCAUGGUCAUUUUUGUGUCUAUAAAGUAUGUUCCAGUUCCUGUAGUGCCACAGAGUGAAAGGUUCCUUUUCCGGCGUGUCUGUGCAAGGAGCUACCACAUAUUUCGUUGCAUUGCCAGGUAUGGCUACAAGGAUGUUCGCAAAGAGAAUCACCAAACAUUUGAGCAGCUGUUGAUUGAGAGUCUUGAAAAAUUCAUUCGCAGGGAGGCCCAAGAAAGGUCCCUAGAGAGCGAUGGGGAUAAUGAUUCAGAUUCUGAAGAGGGAGGCACUUGCUCUAGAGUUCUCAUAGCUCCCAAUGGAAGUGUCUACUCACUUGGUGUCCCUCUCCUCGAGGAGUACAAGGACACAACCAGAAUCAUAUUAGAAGCAAGCACUUCAGAGGAGACGAGGCCAGAGCUUUCCACAGAUCCAACAGCAUCCGAUCCAGAGCAGAGUCUCGAGAAAGAGCUGUAUUUCAUACGCAAGGCCAAGGAAUCAGGGGUGGUUUAUCUUCUCGGCCAUGGCGAUAUCAGGGCAAGGAAGGAUUCGUGGUUCAUUAAGAAGUUGGUCAUAAAUUACUUCUAUGCUUUCUUGAGAAAGAACUGCCGAAGGGGGACUGCAAAUUUGAGCGUUCCCCACUCGCAUCUGAUACAGGUAGGCAUGACUUACAUGGUCUGAAGUGUUACAACCAAGACAAAUUGACAUCAAAAGUUUGACAAUAGCAGUUGAGUUCCAAAGAAGGCCAUUGAUGACUGGAAAUUCCUUGAGGAAUGCAGAGGUUUCAUCCAUGAAAUUGAGGGAAUGGUCGGGAAAGAUUGUCACUGCUCAUGCCCCGAAAGAUUGUCACUGCUCAUGCCUAGAAAACACUGCUGAUUUUGAAGAUCCUCCUAGUCUUACUACUGAUAGGCAAGUUUCUAUAGUUGUCAGCUGGGCUGCAUCCCAUGUAAUGGUUUCUUCACAAAUUUGUAGGGUUGGUUGGUUGACACUUUCCAUUAUAUAUGUAUUUACCAUGAUGUUGUUUGUUGCUUACAGAAUGGGGGUCUUCGUACUUUUUAACUGUAGCUACAGACGUUCUCUGCUAAUUAGUUGGAAGAGGUUAAGCAAAGGGUGUUUACUGUUUGCUUUGGCCUUUAUUAGUGCUUUCGGCUUCGUCACUGGCGGUCAACAUGGACAUAUAUAAUGAGUACUACUAUGUUCAUUCUAUGA